AGGCUCACGCAUGGAAGAUAUCGACUUUGCUUCAAACGACGUCUCACAGCCCGAAAUUUCGCAGAAUGGAGGCAGUAGAACAGGCCUGCGACUUAUUCUACCACCCCUCAGUGUCGUGAGGGCAUUGAAAAGCAAGAAAAAAGGGGCGAAGGGCGUUGCCUUUCAGGAGGCAACGGCCUCCAAAGUUCCAAGACCAGUCAAACUCAAACCGCUCAAGGAGGUCCUCACGAAGCUCAUUGCGCAGAUUAAGAAGUGAGUGGUGUU